UUACAGCACAGUGUGACACUACAGUGUGCCGAUAGGAGGAGACUGUUUAUCAUCUUCCGUGCUUUCACCACCAAACUGGCCCAAAAAAGUGACGCCUCCUGUGCAUGUUUCUCAACACUUUUUUUGUUGACUUGUGCGUACAAUUAUGCACUUUUGAUCGGCUUUAAAAACUCCUCCUUUUUGGAUUUCAAAAAAAAAAACCGCACAAAAUCUGCGUCCCUCGACGGCCUCAUCCAUGCAUUGGAGUCCUGGGCCGCAACGCACCGGCUCCAGCCAUGGCGGCCAGGAACACCACCGCUGGCGGCUGUGACCGAACGGAAGAGAAUGUAAUUGUUGAGGAAAACCAAAUGACCUCCAUCUCUCUACCCAGUCUAAUGGCUCCAAGCUCGAUGGUUGGUAUGUCCUUGGGUCUGGAAAUGCCCCGGAAACGAAAGGGCAGUGUGGACAACCAGUCUCUGUUUUUUCUUAGGGAAACUAAAUUGGCAUCCUUCUCAAGUGAAUAUAUGGAUGAGGACCAAAAUAGUUCUGAUGGAGAGGACCAACAUGCUAAAAUGAAAUGUUUUAGGGAACCACACAGCCAAAUUGAGAAAAGGAGACGGGACAAAAUGAACACGCUCAUUGACAAGCUGUCAGUCAUGAUUCCAACAUGUAACCCGAUGUCUCGUAAAUUGGACAAACUCACUGUGCUCAGAAUGGCCGUGCAGCACCUCAAAUCCCUCAAAGGUUCCUCAAGCGCUUUUUCUGAACUCAACUGCAAGCCAUCAUUCUUGCCUGACGAGGAGCUCAAACACCUCGUCUUAAAGGCUGCGGACGGCUUCCUGUUUGUAGUUGGCUGCGAUCGGGGGAAAAUUGUUUUUGUCUCUGAGUCCGUCUCGAAGAUAUUAAAUUAUAGUGGGGCAGAGCUGAUUGGACAGAGUUUCUUUGAUUAUGUACAUCCUAAAGACAUGGGAAAAGUAAAGGAGCAGCUGUCAGCGUCUGAACUGUACCCUCGUGAACGGCUAAUUGAUGCUAAAACUGGUCUGCAGGUGCAGGCAGACCUCCCGAUUGGAGCAGCACGACUAUGUUCAGGCGCACGACGCUCUUUCUUCUACCGCAUGAAAUGCAACAAAGUAUCUGUCAAAGUUGAGGAAAAAGAAUUCCAAGCCAGCACCUCCAAAAAGAAAGAGUUACAGAAGUACUGCACAGUCCAUUGCACAGGCUACAUGCGCAGCUGGCCCUCAAGUCAGCUGGAAGCAGAGGGUGAGGGUGAUGCGGAAAAGCAGGAGAGCUCCCACUUCAGCUGUCUGGUCGCCGUGGGGCGCAUCCACUCCCACUCGUCUCCUCAAGUGAAUGGAGAUUUCCGGGUCAAACCCACCGAGUUCAUCACACGGUAUGCCAUGGAUGGCAAGUUCACCUUUGUCGACCAAAGAGCAACAACCAUUCUUGGUUAUCUUCCCCAAGAGUUACUUGGGACUUCAUGCUAUGAAUACUUCCAUCAAGAUGACUUACCACAUUUAGCUGACCGGCAUCGAAAAGUGUUGCGGAGUAAAGAGAAAAUAGAGACAAAUCGCUACAAAUUCAAAACUAAAUACGGCUCUUUUGUCACUCUGCAAAGUCAGUGGUUUAGUUUUGUAAAUCCCUGGACCAAAGAAGUUGAAUAUAUUGUGUCAACCAAUACAGUUAUAUCGCAUGACCACAGUCGAACAAUCCGGUCAGAAAACAAGACUGAACAGUCAAACCCUUCAAAGGCUUUUGGAGAAGAUAGAAAGAAAUCUCUUCCAAUGAUACCAGGCAUCUCUACCACACCUGGCGUAUAUGCUGGAAGCAUUGGGACCCAGAUUGCAAAUGAGCUGCUUGACUUCCACAGGAUGAACUCAACGCCCUCCAGUGGUAGUGUGAGCCCGUUUAGUCUGCUACAGGACAAAUCUCCACUCACAAUUCAUAAUCUAGCCAACAACAAUAUGCCAAAUGGUGAAGCCAUAGAAAUGGAGAUCCCAGAGAAAUCGAGCUCAGAGGGUGACCCUAAAGGGGCUUUAUUCCCUGGAGAGGAGAAACUAAUGGGGGAGAACUCCCAGUUAGAUUUGGACAGCGUGGUUGAACCGGGCUUUGGAAAUCUUACCAAUGACGAAGCAGCUAUGGCCGUGAUCAUGAGACUCUUGGAGACAGACUCGAACUUGGGCGAAGCAGAGGACUUUGAAGAUAUGCACUGGUCCUUAUAGAAUCCCCACUUGAAAAGCAAGACAGUGACACCAGGUUUUUUGUUUUUAAACCAAUCGUAUGAACUGUGCAGUCCUCAAAUGACGAUAUGCAACCGUUUUGUCGGCGAAAAGGAACAUUUGCUUUUUCUCUGAAGGAGGUCAUGCGCCAAACUCGGCCUUACAGCAGCAGCAGUCUGCCUGCCAUGGAAAACCUUCAUUACAUUUACCUCUUUUCCACUACGGCUGUUUCAGGGUUGGUUCGGGGUGGGUUCCAAAAGUUCCUGCAGAGUUUUUAAUUUCUGUUAUUAAGCGUGCUGAGCAAGAGAUGUUUUUUCUGAUUCUCGACUGUCUCCAAAAGCUUGUUGGGCGCAGUAACCUCCCGUCAUUGCCGGAUUUUAACUGUACCAAUUUUGCAAACAUUUUUCACUGCCAAUCAUGAUGUCCGAUAAACAUUGUACUAAAUGAUAUUGAGUAUUAUUAAGAGCGAUUUUCGGCGGCACAUUCUGUAAUAUUACAUUCGCUGUUACUUUGGCCAUCAAAAGCGUGCUACCGUGCCAUAGAAGGAAUGUGCUUCCACCGCAUACACAUUAGAAACGUUGUUUUAUUGUACAUUUUUCGUUUUAUUCAACCUCAUAUAACAUUUAUUAUGUUAUUUAGGGUUAAUAUAUUGGUGGCUGGAGAAAAAUCUGUAUUUUGGAGCAGACCAAGACAGAGCUGUGUUACUGCGUGUUUAACCUAAUUUUACAUAACAUUUACCUGUUUAAACGUAAUUUUUUUUUACUUGCUUAAAGUUAUGCACGUUUCUCUCAUUCGUAUUCUCUCAUCCAGCCUCUGUACACGCCCCAAAAGUACUUAAGUUUUGAAUGAAGGCGGGCUCAUUAAUAAUGAGGCGUAUUUGCUGUGACACCUUUUUUUGGUUGCAUGAAAAUUGUGGAACAUGGAGUUUUAAAUACCAGUUGUAAAUGUCAUAUAAAUCCAUGAAAAAGAUAACACUUGAAAUUUGAAAAGACUGUAUCCAUCCAGGCAGUGUUUGUCAUGUAAACGUGUGUCGCCGUGGUAAUGUUGUGUGUGUAUGCGCGCUCAACAGCGUCUUCUACUCCUUGCUGGUUGUGAAUUAUAAUCCGUAGAUGAAACUUUAUUUACUUAUUAUAACCAUCCUGAUUUCAUUUGUCGUGUUAAGAGUUAUGUUUCGUACAAAUGUUUGGGGAGCCGUGAAGCGUCAGAGGGGCUUGAACAUCUUAUGUGUGCGUGCGCGCGACAGUUAGAUUUUAACUGUCAAAAAAUGAAUUGAAUCAAUCGAUGGACGCCAUAUUUUAUAUGUAUUUCCUAUAAAAUAGUCACAUAGUUCAAUAAUCACAGUCCUGACGCAUUGAAAUUUUGUUAGUAUGUUAGGAUGUUCAAACACCACAGAUAUGGGUUGUCUUCCGCUGUCAAACUUACGAGACUACGAUGUGCAUUUGGAUUUAUGAUAGGUAAUAUAUAGUGACAUGAUAGUCAUUUCAUCUUCAUUUUAAUGGAUGUUUCCAGGUGUGUCAAUUGAAGCGAUUGGAUUAUGAAUGGAUAGUUUUCUGGAAGUUUCCCUUAUCAUUUUAUUACAUGUGGUGUACACUGCAUUCCAACUUUAGGAGCAAUACAAUAAUUCAGCUUCUGGAGGUGCUGAACUUAUUCCAGCCUCAGAAACAUGUAAGAACAAAAGUACUUAAAAGUAAACUGCACUUUUUUGGAAUUUUGCCUAUCGUUCACAAUGAUUAUGAGAGACAAAAAUGCUGACAUAUUCUACAAAGCACCAACAAUACUCCAUUUACAUUUUUUUUACUUCAAUUUUAACCAAGUAUUAGUGAUAUUGUUAUUAUAAGGGCUAACGCAGACAAACUAUUUUAGUGGCGCGUUGUCGCAGAGAGCUAACUUGCUUGUUGCUGCUGUUUAGGUUAUGAGCGGAUAGACUGCUUUCUUGCCUUCGGGCUGGUGAGUUUAUUUUCGAUCAUAAAUAAUGCCUCUUACCUUGAAAGUAGAAGGAUCAGGACAUAACCUGACAAGUUGGUCAACUUUAGCAUCCAAUUUAGACCCGGAAAUGGUGAAAAAAAUGCUGGUAUCCAAGCCCUUUUUUCUUUGCAGAGAUUAUGACUCAUUCUUGAUCAAACGGGAAAAUAAAAACAUUCCAUCAGUCGGCAUCCCAGUGACCGCAGACAGUGUACAGUAAGUGAUGGUUUAAAAUGCUUGUUGGCUAUCAUGAAGUCUGCAGCGAGUAGUAAUCAGGGAUGUUGACAAAUGAAAAAGCGAAAGUCGUGAUGCGCUUUUGAAGUCAAUGCAUCGCCUUAUGCUUUGAAUGAGCAAAAUGUUUAAAUAUUACAGGUUAUUAUGAAUGUGCUUGUUGUUCAUUACAUAUAUACAUAGUGUGUAUAUACACAAACUUGAUGGAGGUGUUUGGAUGUUAUAGGUGCUUUAUAGGCAGAUUAGAGCGACUCCCACUAGCUCCAUUGUAAGCAGACUCUUACAAUGGAGACUUUAGAAUGCAUUAAAAAAAAAAAACUUGGUGUUUGUCUUACCCAUGGAUUGUGAAUGAUGGGCAAAAUUAAAAACUAAAAAAGUGCAGUUCUCCUUUAAGUUGACGAGAGAAUACGCUUAGGGCCAGCUUUGUCAGUGAAUGCCCACAUUUAAGAUUGCUCUACUCAAAGGAUGUGGAUGAAGGCGCUCGGCCAUGUCCGCGCAGUUGCACACUAUUUUUCACAUAAGCACGUGGGAGAAUAGGGAGUCACAUGAAUCGUACUGUACAUGCAAUAACACCUGAUGGUGUUUUUUGUUGAUUAAUUGGUACAUAAUGGGAUGUGCACUUUUUUGGGAAUUUUGUUUAUCAUUCACAAUCCCUAUGUGAGACAAGAACACACGUUUUUAUUUUUUUAUGCAUUCUAAUUCAUAAAAUUAGAAAAUAUCCAAAAACCGCAACUCAAUUUACAUGCCAUGUCCUGAAUAUUAACCAAGUAUUAGUGAUAUUGUUAUUUUAAGCGCUAAAGUUAAAGAACCAAUGUAAGCGGAGCCGUGAUCACAGAGAGCUAACUGGCUUUUACAGCUACAUUAUUGACAUACUGAACUGCUUCUUUGCUUCUGAGUUGGUGAAAGUUUGUUUUAAAUUAUAAAUCAUGCCUCUCACCUGGAGAAUAGGAAGGUAUUGCCAUAAAUCGAGACGUUGAUCAACUUUGACAUCCAACUUAAACCCAGAGAUGGAAACAAAGACGCUCGUUUGUGCCCACCCUUUUUUAUGAAGUAAUUCCUCAUCUAAACGGGAAGAUAUAAACAUCCCGUCAGUCAUUAUUUAAUGAGAGCAGACAUUGUACAGUUAGUGCUCAUUUUAUUAUGUUCGUAGUUUUCAUUUCUUUUUUAGCGCUUAGCGAUACUGAUACUUAUCACUCAGCUUCUAAAACUUGGAGCUCAUCCUCUGUAUAUUCAGGCUCAAAAAUAAAAAGGUCUUAGAUUAUUAUUUGUCCCAAAGUAGUCCUUGUCUCACAUGAAGUCUGCCAUGAUUAGUAGUAGUUAAUUUUAUUGUCAAGGGAAAUAGCUAACCUUGUGAUGUGUCUAUGUAAUUAAUACGCCACCGUAUGCUUAAAAUGACUUAAGUACAUAAAUACUACAUGUUAUGAAUGUGUCUUUUACUGCAUUAAAUAUAGACUUAGUGUGUAUACAAAACGUUUUCGGAAUUUUUUAGAGCGAUUCAUACAAGAAAUACAUCGAAACCCAUUAUACCCAUUGUUAGCUGACUUUUGUUAGCAUCCAUUAUUUACAAGUUACAACGCAUAAAAAAAGAAAAACGUGUGCUUGUCUCGCAUAACAAUUGUGAAGGAUAGGCAACAUUCUAGAAGUGCAGUUUCCCUGUAAAUUCUGUGAUAUAAUGGCAUGGUUUCUCAGGAUGGUGAAAAGUUGUGGUGUGCUUUGAACUGCAUCACCUCCGCCUCCGAACUAACCGCUCAUCAGCACCAAAGUUGGAUAUAGUAGAGAAGGAGUGACUGUCAUUUAGUGAGGACUAACAAAGUUGGAGAACCUCAGUGGUUUGGCAGUCCCACUUAUACUUGAACAGAGGACAGGAAUAAUGCAACAAAAUGCACUGAAUCAACUUGCUGUUUUUUUGUUGUAAUUUCUUUUAUGGUGUACUUUAAAAGUGUCUGUGAACCCUGCCCUCUAUACCCGCUUUUCAGACCAUUUGCACGGUUUUCAGCAGCCAUUUUUUUUCUCAUGAGACCCUAUGGUUUUGUGAGCAUAAGAGCACUUCAAUAGACAUUUAAAGCCAAUGAAUACACAAUCACCUCACAUCUGUUAAAUUGUAGUUUGUUGUCUGCAGUAGAAAAGAUGACUACUCAGGAGAUGGUGGAUAAAAGCCACCAGACAUAAACAUAUAGUGACAGUUCUUAGUUGCAGUAGUUAACAUAUUUCCCUACCUAUUGUAACCUGAAAUAUGUUUUGGUUCACAUGUGCAACGGUGUACUUGCGAUCUGUGUCAGUGUCCUGAAAGGACAGAGUUUAGAUGUUUAUUCAUGUUAUUUUCAAUGGCAGUCAUCCAUGCAUAGAUUUUAGGGUUAUAUUAUUCAGUCGUCAUUCCAUAAAUGUUGAAAGUAGGCCGUAUUUUUCCAGGUUUACUCCCCAAAUCAAGCAGGUACAUUUGUUGCUGUACCGUGGUUGACAUUUGAAUGAGUCCUUCAGUUGCAGUCAACCCAUUGCCAUUCUUACCUCAUCUUGUACCACCAUAAAGACAGACCUGCAUGUACGCAUUGAAGGGGUUUGAAAUGGCCUCAAAAGGAGUUUUAUGACAGUAUGUCAACUCUGAAUAUGUAUACUAAAGUAUUAGGUUAUAUAGAUUAGAUAUAUAUUCAUCCGGAAGAACAUUUGUGAGAGGUCACUAAUUCUUAUAAUCAAAAGGUUUUAUGAGCUUGGAUUUGUUGUUUGAAGUUUCAUAUAUAAUGUGUUAAGACUAUAUAUACAUUUUAAAUACUACCCUAAUGAUGAAAAGUAGAAUUUAUAUUUCUACAUGAUUUUAAGGAACGUAUUGCAUUAUGUGUUUUAAAAGAAAUGUGUUCCACACCAAUAUGUGAUAUUUUAACCUUCAUAUGUCAUGAUAAAAUGAGUGCAUGAAAUCAAGAACAGACUUUAUUGAGCACCCACUCAGUUAACUGACACCAAUUAGGCCACGCUGAAUUGAGAGUAAUAAAAAUCCAUGCUGCCAUUUUUUCCUAUUGGUAUCUCUUAAGGUUUUAUAAUAUCAUCUGUGUAUAAAUCAUGAUCUGAAGAAUGAUGUCUUUCCUGUCAUGUGCUUGAAAUAUGAUGUGUCCACGGAUGGAGCAUCUUACCUCACGGACGCUCUCUCUUGUGUCCAAAGUGCCUUUGGACGUUUCCGCUGUGACACUUGAUAAACAUGUUUGUGAUUUUAUUUUUAUUUUUUCUUUUAAUUGUUUUUUUAUUUUGGUUACACUUCAUCUAACUGAAAGGAGAGGGCAUCUUGUACUACGUUCAAAUGCAUUUUUGGACUCAACUUGACACCAUGUGGCACAAUUUAUUGACUGCAUUUUGACCUGCAUUAACUACCUGACCAAACUUGGAGAACAGGACAGCUUUUCACAGCUGUCUAUCACUAUCCGUUUUCUAUUAUCUUUCUGUGUUUUCUAUUUGGAUUUAAUUAUCAUCCUGUUGUAGUUAUACAUUUCUGAUGUGUUGUGGGUGCUUACACUAAAGCUUCUUUUGUGAAUAACCAACCAUCCAGGAAGAUGUCAUUCUUUGCCUCGUACUCUUUUUGAACUGAAACGGUAACAUUUCUGUUUUCAUUUGCAUGCCACUUACAAUACUCUUUAACUAGCCCUUGUGCGCGUUGAUACAGUUGACUGCACAUGCACAGGAAGUAGAAUGCUGACCUUUUGAGCCUGAAUUUAACACUCGUUAAAACUUUUUUCAGCCACUUCCUGACACUUUGACUCAAGCGGAAGCCCUUACUGUAUUGUUCCAUGUUGCUGCUACAAUAAACUGAGGUCUCUGGCCAUCUUGUCAAUAAAUGUUAGUUUACUCUCAA